GGAUUCUAAGCAAGUUUUUCCCAUAAUCAAAAGGCUGAGGCCACCGCUUGGUUUCGCCAUUAAGGAGGGAACGUAUGGCUAAUGGCACAAAAUCCGGGAUGAUCCUUAGAAACUAGCGGCACAAGAGGUUUCUUGUUCCUUUUCUUGUUUUUUUCUCUCUUCUCUCUUUCUAUCUCUAAAACUGCCCACCAUCACCACCACCUCUCUCUCUCUCUCUCCGGUUGAUUGAACACUACACACACUCCCAAAAUACUGAUUUGAACUUACCUUCAAGAAAAGGUUGUGAGAAAAAAAAGAAAACAAAAGAAAAUUUUGGCGUUGAAUGCUCUGGAAUAAGCAAGAACACAGACGGGAUUUCGCUAGUUUUCUCAAAAACUCUUAUUUCAGCAUGUCGUGUUCUUCAAGUCUUGAUGGUCAGCUCUCAUCUUCUGGUUGUCUUCUCCUAGGUUGCUAGAUUGUCCUGCUGUAUUCUGCUGCUGCUGCUUGAUCAUUUUAACUUGUCUUAAUUUGUGGGUGUGAUUAUAAUUGAAGUUAAUGGAGAGAAGUCGCUGUUCUGGGAAGAGUUAAUUUAUGUUAUCUUUGAUAGUGAUAUUGAUAAACUCAGAUGGUUUAUGUUGCUUAUUUGUUGAGUAAUUGAUAUGCUAAAGCAGCGGGCCCUUUGCUAUCUUCUGCUUCCUUAAUCAGACACAAUCUUUCUCUUUGCACUUAUCCGUACACAAAACCCUAUCCUUUUUUUCACCAUCUUUAUCCAUUUCUCUUUUUUUCUUCUUUUUUAUUAUCUAUCUGCUACCAACAGAGAUCUCAAAAGCUUCAACUUGCAAUACUUUUUUAAAAAAUAUUAUAUACAUAUAUAUAGUUUUGGGGAAGAAAAGAAAAUUAAUGAAGAAUAAUUUGCAUCUGCAUGUUGAAGAUCUUGAAAAUGUAAGAAACCCUACAAGUGGUUUUGAUACUAUGGAUGCUAUGGAGGAAGAACAGGUGGUUGCCGGUGAAGAAAGAGAGAUCUGGCUAGAAAGAGAACAAGACGAUCUGUUAGGUGUGAAUGAUUCUUCUAUCUUCUAUGGUGACUUCCCCCUUCUUCCAGAUUUCCCUUGCAUGUCGUCUUCUUCUUCAUCUUCUUCCACUCAGGCUCCAGUUAAGGCCAUGGCUUCUUCAUCGUCGUCUUCUUCGGUUUCAUCGUCAUCUUCUGCGGCUUCGUGGGCCGUUUUGAAGUCAGACGCAGAAGUUGUUGAUAAAAAGAAUUAUGACCAUCAACGAUAUCAGCAUAAUCAUCAUCAUGGUCAAUAUGAUCCAGUAGAAGCACCCACAACAGCCUUGUCUUCAACUGCAUCCAUGGAGAUCCCUCAGCCAUCUAAUCAAGCUAUAGAAGAUGUUGGUUGCAUGGACGAGAUGGAAACUUUUGGAUACAUGGAUCUGUUCGAGAACAAUGAUUUAUUCGACCCUUCUUCUAUAUUUCAACCCGAUGAACGUUUCUUAGACGAGUUUCAGCAAGAGCAGAACACGCAGCCAGAACAGAAGCCGCAACAGGGAAAUGAAGAGUUGAUAAUGGAAACCAAAAUUGAUGAGACCCAACAGCAAGGCAACGCCUCAGAAGAUCUAGCCAUGGUAUUCUUAGAGUGGCUUAAAACCAACAAGGAGACUGUCUCUGCAGAGGAUUUGAGGAAAGUUAAAAUCAAAAAAGCUACCAUUGAGUGUGCUGCUAAGCGUUUAGGUGGUGGCAAAGAAGCUAUGAAGCAAUUGUUGAAACUUAUUCUUGAAUGGGUUCAAACGAAUCAUCUUCAAAAAAGGCGCAUGAAAGAAUCAUCUCCUAAUAAUAUUUCCUACCAAGGUCAAGAAUCUCUGCAAAACCCUAACCCUAGUGCUAGUUCAAACCCUAAUCUGAAUUGUAACUCUAUCCCACCAGAUCAAACCCCCUGUUUCACCCAGUCACCUUGGGUUGCACCGCCGCCUUAUGUUUCUGAAACCGGAACUGUUAUUCCGGGUUAUCAUCCAAUGGUUGGGUAUAUGGGCGACCCGUUCGGGGCCAGUGGAGCUUCAAGCAUGGCUGGCCACUCUUACCCACCAAUACCACCAUCGGAUUAUCACAUGCUUGACUCCCCCCAAUCGUGGUCUGCAUCACAUUUCGUUUUGGCUUCGCCUUACACUUCAUUUGCAGACAACAAUCUCCAGCCUGUUCAGGGCCACCCUCCUGUUCAUAGCGGAUAUGGAAAUCAAUACCCAUACCAAUAUCUCCCGGCGCAACCUGGGGAUAGGCUGAUGAGGUUGGGUUCCUCGGCGACCAAAGAGGCAAGGAAGAAGAGAAUGGCGAGACAAAGGAGGUUUCUUUCACAUCAUAGGAAUCAUAAUCAGCAGAACGUUCAAGCAAAUCAGCACCACCAAAAUCAGAGUUCUGACCACCAUGCAAGGCUUGGAAAUGAUAAUGUUGCCCCAACAACUCAACCUAAUCCUGGUAACUGGGUUUAUUGGCCUGCUUCUGGUGCGGUUUCGACUACACCAGUUAUGUCUAUGGAUGUACAACCGGUGCAUACUUCAGAUCGGCCAGCCAUGCAAAGUCAUCAGAGUCAUCAUCAGAGGCAGGUUGCAUCAGAUAGGCGACAGGGUUGGAAACCUGAGAAGAACCUGAGGUUUCUUCUGCAGAAAGUGUUGAAGCAGAGCGAUGUGGGUAAUCUAGGGAGGAUUGUGUUACCAAAGAAAGAAGCAGAAAUCCAUCUUCCGGAGCUGGAGGCAAGAGACGGCAUUUCUAUUGCCAUGGAAGAUAUUGGGACUUCUCGUAUUUGGAACAUGCGCUACAGUUGCAGAUUCUGGCCUAACAACAAAAGCAGGAUGUAUCUCCUCGAAAACACAGGAGAUUUUGUGAGGACAAAUGGCCUUCAAGAAGGAGAUUUCAUAGUCAUCUACUCAGAUGUCAAGUGUGGCAAAUAUUUGAUCCGAGGAGUGAAGGUAAGGCAACCAGGGUCAAAAUCAGAGAACAAGAAAUCAGGAAAAUCCCAGAGAAAUCUUCAUGCAAGUUCUGCUUCCGCUGUUGCUGCUGUUAAUGCAUCAUCAUCCACACCCAUGAAUCUAGCUCAAACAGUAAAGUAAAUGCUGUGCAAGAAGAAUGCAGCUGUUGGGAAACCAAAGUACUAAACCCAGCAGUCAAUUCUUCACUCUUGUCUCUUGCCGCCGCUAAGCCCUCACAGUCUCUCUCCUUCAUGCAUGAAAAUGGAUGGACAAGUGGACGAUGAACAGUUUCAUGGGAACUUGUUGGGUAUGGAAGCCUUAGAUUCUCUGCAUCCAAUCACCGAACGGUACUGGUUUCCCGUUGAAAAGUAAAAACGACAGAUCACAGCUGCCGAGACCAUUGAGGGUUUAAUUUGCAGUUAAUUAGGGUUUUGGCUAAUCCUAUCUGAUCAUAGUAUACAAUGUUGUGCAAUUAUAUAUCGUUGUUAAUUGUAAGUAAUAAGGUUGUGGACAAUCCAUGCUUCCUCGUAUGCACAUGAUGAUGUUAAUAAAAAUGUUGGUAUGCGAUGUGCGGUUACA